AUGGAGCACUCCAGAUGGGCGAGGCCUCCUUGUCUCUCAUCGUGCAUCCGCCACUGGGCGCCCUUGCCGGACGACGACAACCUCCUCCGUGAGAUCUUCCUCCGCCUCCCGCCGCGGCCGUCCUCCCUCCCCCGCGCCUCCCUCGUCUGCAAGCGCUGGGCCCGCCUCGUCUACGAUCCCCAAUUCCUGCGCCGCUUCUCCGCGUUCCACGGCCGCCGCCAACAGCCCCCGCUCCUGGGCUUCUUCUCCAAAGGCCCCCACGACGUUGGCUUCACCCCGACGCUGGACCCGCCCGACCGCGUCCACCGCUCGCGCCUCUCCCUGCAGCCGCAUCGCCUCGACGAACACUACAUCUUCUUCGGCUGCCGCCACGGCCUCGCUCUCAGCUUCAACCCGACGCGCCGAGAGAUCAUCUUGUGUGAUCCUGUAGCCCGAGACCAUCGCCUUGUCGCUGUCCCGCCGGCGUGGUUCAACAACGAAGACCCACGCUCUACCAUCCGCAAUGCUGCGCUGGUUUGCGACGGCCACCAGGCCGGCCGGUUGCCACUUGAAGCCUUCAAGGUGAUCUUGCUACGCUCUGAUGAUGUGCUGCAUGAUCCUGACCCAAGGUGUUCGCCUCCCUCCACGAAUCAAGGACUGGUGUCUGGAACGACCUCGUCUCGACAUCGAUCACGGCACUACUUUUGA